AAGAGAAAGACUUAAUUGGCAAACGUAAAGAAAAGCCUCUUCUGUCCUGGAAAGAGAAUACUUUAAAGCAAAUCUCAGACCAGAAGAAAAGGUGCUUGUGGAGGGAGGGCUGUGCCAGGCUAUACUGAGGAAGUAUAGGUCCACUACAGACAAUUUCCAUGCCCUCAUUGCUUUUUACCCAAGGAGUCUGAGGCAGUGUAGAGACAGGGUGGGCCAGACAUCCGCACCCACGGCCCUGCUUGACUAGGUGUCGCUCCAGAGACCCUUUGUCCACAGCAGAGCCCACGGAGCACAACUUGGAAGAAAAGCCAGUGGGAGUGGGAGAGACUCUGCCUCUCCUCUCCAAUUGAGGCUGUGGGGAGGAGAGCUCAUCUCACCCAAGGGAAAAACUAGUUCUGAGACCUUUCUUUAGCUCUCAUCAGUCGCCUGAUCCACUACUUCCCAUCUAUGGGGGAAUGCCCUCUGGAGCCCUGCUGUCCUUCCCAAUCCUGCUAAGUUCCCAGGAAAUACUGGUGAAGAACUGAGCCCAGAGCAACCAACGUGGGAUCCACAGAACGACAGACUUUUACAGCAGCAGCCUCCUCUGAUUAAAAUUAUCAGCUUCAUCAGACUACACCAAGACCCAGGACUGCUCCUCCAAGGGAAGAGAGGACCAAGCAAUGAUGAAGACCAUGUCUGGUGGAAACUGCACCCUGAAUGUGCCAGCCAAGAACUCGUACCGCAUGGUAGUGCUGGGAGCCUCCAGGGUGGGGAAAAGCUCCAUUGUCUCACGUUUUCUCAAUGGCCGGUUUGAGGACCAAUACACUCCCACCAUUGAAGAUUUUCAUCGUAAGGUUUACAACAUCCGAGGAGACAUGUAUCAGCUGGACAUCCUGGACACCUCUGGGAAUCACCCUUUCCCUGCUAUGAGGAGGCUUUCCAUCCUGACAGGAGAUGUUUUCAUCCUGGUAUUCAGCCUGGACAACAGAGAAUCCUUUGAUGAGGUCAAGAGGCUCCAGAAACAGAUCCUUGAGGUCAAAUCCUGCCUGAAGAACAAAACCAAGGAAUCAGCUGACCUCCCCAUGGUGAUCUGUGGCAACAAAAAUGACCACAGUGAAGUUUUCCGCAAGGUACGCUCAGACGAAGGUGAAGACCUUGUCUCCAGUGACGAAAACUGCGCCUACUUUGAAGUUUCAGCCAAGAAGAACACCAAUGUGGAUGAGAUGUUCUACGUCCUCUUCAGCAUGGCCAAGCUACCUCAUGAGAUGAGUCCUUCCCUCCAUAGGAAAAUCUCCAUCCAGUACGGUGACACUUUCCAACAGAAGUCCUUCCGGAUGCGCCGAGUCAAAGACAUGGACGCCUAUGGCAUGAUCUCUCCCUUUGCUCGCCGGCCAAGCGUCAACAGUGACCUGAAGUACAUCAAAUCAAAAGUUCUCAGGGAAGGUCAGUCCAGGGAGAGGGAGAAAUGCACUAUUCAGUGAAGGGAGUUUGCACUUCUGUCUGAAGUCAUCAUCCACAUGCAGUGCCUUAAAGAAAAAUGGUCUGUGGAAGCACAGAAUGGGCUCAUGGGGUCCAACGAGAAAACCCAACAUGGAGCAAGGAUGAUUCUUCCUGUGGAUUCUGCUGAGUCAUGACUGUAAAUAACAUCGUCCUUGUAAAUGACAGGGAAAAAACAUAUGCCUAAAACAAAGUGCAUUUCACUGUCUUUGUAAUGUAGUUCCUCUUCGUUCCCCUUUUCCUUUAAAGAAUACAGACUUGAGAAGAAAAGACAUUUCGACCGCAUCCUCAACAAAGAAAGUAGGUCGAAAGUGCACAGAAGGCAUUAACAGUUACCUAGCAUGCAGCUCUUGCUAAGAGAGAGGAGGUUGUGUGUGUGUGUGUGUGUGUAUCUCUGUGUGCGUGUGUGCAUGCAUGUGUGAAGCACUCCUUUAAAAAACAUUGGACUUGUCUUUCAAAGGGCAGCAGUCUUAACAGACAUUUCCCAGAUUGGGACCGGACACUAUUCAUGGGCACAUGGCUCUGACUCACUUCUGAGGGGACCUGCAUUAAGAAGAUCUUGACUUUAUGUUUGCUGGGACACUUGUGAUAUGACAUUGAUGUGAAUGUUGUUUCGUAUCAUAGAUUUUAUUUGGGGUUUUCUUUUUUUUUUUAAAUUGUCUAGGGGUGGGUUCUUUGCCAAAUCUGACAGCAAGUGUGUUUAAUAACAAAACAGUGUCUGCUUUCUAGCAGUGAAAGGUGGCUUUCAUCUGUAAAAUUAUAUAAUAUGUACAUUGUUUGAAAGUGAAAUUGUUCUGCAAAAAGACCAAUACAUUUGACUGCUUUGCAAGCCUGAUGUGAUAUCGUUUCUCAAAGCAGCCACACUGACUCUGAAUAUCGUAGUACAAAUGCCACCUUUUGCCCUGCUGGUCACUGGAGUAAUGGUGCUUUCCUCUGCCUGUAUCAGCUGAGACUGACUAGAUUCAUAUGUAGACUCACAUCACGUCAGAGGCAGGGCUGAGUUUUCUUUCAGAAAUAAAAACUAAAUGGGUGUCGGGCCAGCUUCAUCUUAUUUGUUCUACUAACAUGCCUCCAGUCAUUUUGUUCAUGGUUUUCCCCAUUGUCUGGUAAAGGUAGCCCCAAUGGAAAACUUUGCAGUGCAGAAGUCUUUCAGAACAGGAGCUUGGUGCUGGUUGUCCAAAUGGGGGUGAUCUGUCUCACCAGAUAAAUCUAGGGCUGUCCAUUCACUUCUCUUUCUCAGCCCAUUCUGGGCUUCCUCGUCUUCAACUCUCUCCCUGUUCUUCUUCAUUCUUUGUUGUUUCAUGUCCUCCUAUAUACCGUCAAAACCCAACAUAUUCUCUCAGAUGUGAGCUUGCCAGUCUCACUGACUGAAAUGAGUGAGAUGAGUGCACACAUAACUGUGGGCAAAGCAUGGCCUCAGGACUGCACACAAGAGCAGAGUAUAUAUCUCAUGUACCACAUAUAUAUCACAUAUACCUCAGAACAACAUUUAGAUUUCUUGUCCUUCCCUCACUCUCAAUUUCUGUUCUUGUCUGUAUCUGUCUUGCUGUGUCCUAGACAGAGCUGUGAGCUAGUUUAUGCUAUAAUUUGAUAGGAACACAAGAAUGAUGUUUGUCUGUAAAAAUUAGCCCCUGGGACUCAAAAUCCCAUAUUCAUUUAUCAGCUCCACCCUCCACUGGUACUGAAUAACGUCUGGUAAAAUACACUGUUCUUUUGUUCCCGUUGCCAGGGCAGCACCUUUCAGACCACAU